AGCAGUUUCGGAACAGAUGGUUCAUGGAACGAUAUAAAUCAAAUAUGUAGACUAAAUUCAGCUCGUUCAUACAGCUGGAAGAUUUCUCCAACAUGUCACAAUGCUUGCAUCCUCCUUGUCUUUUAGCGAAUACCGUGGACUAAGUUACAGCAAAUAUAUAACUAUUUUUUGUAAACAAGAUACGAAUUGAGGAUGUCAGGACGUCAAAAAUUAAUUUUGUGCAAAAAUAUGACCUUGUUUCUGUUGAUUUUACUGUAAAUUAUUUGUGUAUUUUCUUCAAAUGUGAAUUCAUCAUUCACAGCAUCGUGCAUUUGAUAAAUUAAUUACAAGCAAUUAAAUGAACGUAAUGUCUAUAGAACGUGAAAAUAGUAUGGAAGUGGACCUUCCUGUAAGCCAUUCACAUGGACAAGGAAACACAAACUUAAAGCGGUCAAAUAGUGCACCCAUGAUAAAUGUUUUAGUGAACACAACACAAAGUCCACCAGAGAUCAGUCAUCAUAGUCAUACACAGACCUUCAGACAAGCUGGUGAUACUUCACGGAUUAGAAGAUUCAGUUCUAGUUCACUGUCUCUCAAUUCUCCCACAGCUGCACCUGUUAAAAUACCAAACAGAGUGAAUGAAAUCAAAAGAGAAGAGAGUUUUGUUACAGUUGCAGAAAAAGAAAAAGAACAAGAGAGAGAUAUUUGUUCACAGCUGAAAAUGUCAACAUCAUGGAAUGAUUUCUCCUUGGACGAGCCCAUGAUGCCAGAAGUACAAAAGAGGCCACGAUCCUUUAGUGAAACUCUUCAUAUUUUUACAUCACCUAACAUGCUAACUAGUGCCCCAUCACCAACAAGAGUUGGACCAGGAAGGCAAUGUUUUAGUCCAUCAAUGCAAAAGCCAGUGGUGAAUAGUACGUUUACACCUAGCCCAAGUCCAAGUCCAACAAGGAAAAAUUUUAUCAGAAGUUUGAGUCCUAUAGCUGUUAGACCAAGUCCACUUGGAAAAAGACGAUUGGAUCAUGAUUCCUCGGAUGGGUAUAUAAGUCCAGCAAAGAAGUUUCAUAUAGGACCAAUCACACCAGAUAAAGUUAUGCAUGUCCAUCCUUUAGCCCACAGUCAUCACAGUGUAUCAUCGAGUAGUCUAGAAGAUGGUAGCCCAGAACAGACUGUGCCAAAGGGAAACAAUUCACAUGAUAUCCGGUUACGAUAUCAGCAUCAGCCAAACAUGUAUACUUUUAUGCCACUUGGGCAGGACUCGCGUGAUUCACGUGACUCACAAGACAUGCAGACAACAGAUUCAGAGACAUCAGAUAUAACAGACAUUUCUGAUCCCAAUAUAUCAUUGUCAGCCAGUCCAGGCACAUCUGGAUUUCAACCAAUCAAACACACCCAAGUAUGACAACAAGUGUCCUUACUUAAUGUUACUAUGGACACAAAACUAACCUGUAAAUAUUGUUAAAAAUCUAAAUGUGCAGAUGAAAUCAUUAGAAAUAUUUUACAUCUUUAUAAGAUGAUAUAUAAUUUUUAUUUAAAGUUCAAAUGAAAUGCAUUAUAUGUAAUUUCCAGUUACAUUUUACAACAUAGAUUGAAAGAGAAAAAAGAUACUGUUAUAAAUAUGCAAAUUUGUAUAUAUCUUAUCUCCUAUACACAUCUAGGAAUAUCAUUGGUUAAAAGCAAACAUGCGGAGACUGUGUAUAUAUUUAAUAUUUGGUCAGUAGGCAUGUUUUAUUUUAAUACACGGUUAGUAGUGGUGUUACGUCCCUUUAUAAAAACAACUUGGGGUUGAAGAAAAAUCUGAAACUUGUCGCCCAGAAAACAAAAGAAGAAAUUGAUGACAAACGAUUGAAAAUAAAUACAGGUAACACAUUAAAAGCUAACAAAUUGUUAUUCUUGGCAUUUUUUUUUGUAUAGACCAAUGGAAGUAGAUUCUUGAUAUAAAAGACUUGAUCACAUUAAUAGGCCACUAGUCUAAAUUCCACAUAUGAAUCUAGUCGAUAAGAUAAAUUUGUUACACAGUGUGCUAGUAACCUAAUAUGAUAUGUAAGGGGUCAGUAAACUCUAUAUGAAAUUUACUAAUCCCAUAUAUAUCGUAUAAGGUCAUUAGCAAACUGUGUAACUAAUAAUAUUAUAACAAAAGUUUUUAAACUGUAAAAAAAAAACAUAACUUAAUAAUCACUGAAUUUUUGGAGCAAUACAAAAUUAUAAAAAAACAUGUGCUUGUCUUUUUCCUCAUACUAAAUAUCCAUAUAUGCACAUGUUUGUUAAAAUGUAACUCAGCUUUAAAAUUAUGCCAUAUAAAAAAUCUUUUGGGCUAAUUAGCAUCAAAUUGCAUUAUAAUAAUUUGAUAUUAUUAUUUAUGUUAAAAAAGUGCUAGUCAAAACAUUCACUUGUUUCAUUUUCACUCAGUAGUAGACCAAAAUAACUUAAAUAUGAUUUUAUUAUGUUUUUGAUUGUUAAUGUAUUACUACUUUCUGUUUUUACCUGACCAAAGGCGCAGAGUAAGACAUUAUAUUUACUUGAUAUGACCUGUCUUUGAAUAACCCUAAAGAAAACAUCUUCUUUCUAUAACAAAACAAAAUCUGUAAUACCACUGAAAUGUUAAUUUAUGACAAUAUGUAACACUUCUCACUAAGUAUGACCAAAAUUUUAAUCAUACUAUGCUUUCCACUGUUAUUAAGAGAAAAAUGACAAAUUUCUGAGAAAUCCUGUUAAGGUUCCAGAUACUGCAGAAUGAUACUUUUGUGAUGCUUUAGAAACAAUGGUUCACACCCUCAGCAAACAAUAACUUGGUUAGAAACAAUGGUUCACACCCUCAGCAGAUGAUAACUUGGUUAGAAACAGUGAUUCACACCCUCAGCAGAGAAUAACUUGGUUAGAAACAGUGGUUCACACCCUCAGCAGACAAUAACUUGGUUAGAAAUAAUGGUUCACACCCUCAGCAGACAAUAAUUUGGUUAGAAACAAUGGUUCACACCCUCAGCAGACAAUAGCCUCGUUAGAAACAGUGAUUCACACCCUCAGCAGACAAUAACUUGGUUAGAAACAAUGGUUCACACCCUCAGCAGACAAUAACUUGGUUAGAAACAAUGGUUCACACCCUCAGCAGACAAUAAUUUUGUAAGAAACAGUGGUUCACACCCCCAGCAGACAAUAACUUGGUUAGAAACAAUGGUUCACACCCUCAGCAGACAAUAACUUGAUUAGAAACCAUGGUUCACACCCUCAGCAGACAAUAACUUGGUUAGAAACAAUGGUUCACACCCUCAGCAGACAAUAACUGGGUAUUAACGUAAUGCAAAUAUUUUACAACAUACUCAAUGUCUUUUUAAAGAUUCAUACUAUUUUAUGAAUAAUUUGAGAGAGUUUUCCUUUUUUUUGGCAAAAGACUUCAAUUUUGACAUUACAGUAGUACUGCAAAAAUUUGAAUUUUUGUUAUAAUAAAUCCAUGGUGAAACAUUUAUACAAACUUGAAAUGUAAAACUGUGAAAUGCUUACAAUGUAUUAUAAAACAAAUCAUUGUUUUAGUUUUCUCUAAGAGUAGAAAAUUACCAAUAACUUAACAUUGUGCUGUGUACUGUAAAACUUGAUAAACAAAUUAUCAUGAAGGUAUGGAGAUUAGCAUUCAUAAAGUAUUUUUAGUUACUGAAUGCAAUUCAUAUUUUUUUUUUAUUAGUGAAGCAUUUUGUUAAUUAAUUUUAUCAUUAAGUUAUAUCUCAUUCAUCCAUUGGAAGGUAUUAUAUGUAAAAAUGUAUGUUUGCUAAAGAUUUCACAAAAAAUCAAACCAUUAUUGACUAAGUUUGAUAUCUGUAAACAUACGAAAGAAAUAUAUUGUUUUUGAGAAAUACAUAUAGUUUAAAUGGAACUGAUUGAUACACAAAUAAUAUGGUAAGUGGGUGAAAUCAGUAGGAGUUAAAAGUGUGACAUUUGUAUAUACCAAAAACAUGUAACAUUUUUGUAUAUUUUCGCACACAGUUUUGUGAUCAUUUUGUAAAUAUACAUUCUGUGAUCUUGUAGAUACUCACAUUAAUUUGUUGAUAUAGUUUAAAGAUGCAUAUGCAGAAAAGUGCUAUUUUACUUUUGUUAUUGUUUUGGUAAUGUAUCCAAUUGUAUAUGUAUCAGUUAGUUCAUUAAGUGUGCAAGGUGCUAUGUUCAUUGGUGUUCUUUUUCAUCCUGCGAUAUUGUAAAAAUAGGACAAAUAAAUGUCUUUAUUUGUCCCUUUGUCAGUCUUUCUUUCUGCCAGUAGCACACUUCUUAUCUGAAAAAAACUUCCCUCAAAAUUUUCAUGCUGAUAGGAUGUUUUUCUCAUCAUAUGCUCUUAACUACACUAUUUCCAAUUUUGAUUUAACAAUUUUCGUGAAGUGGUGGGAAUUUGACAUUUUUUUACCAAUUGCAACAUGACACUUUGUGAAUGUACUCUAUGACCAUUUGCCUUAAGGAUUCAAACACUUAGUUAGAUGGUUUUUGCCUUUAUGAAGCGAGACAUAGGGAUAGUGAAGCCUCGUCGGCGGCAUUGUUAACUUAUUACUUAAAAGCUUAAUAUUUCAGUUUCCGUCUGUCAUAUGUCCAUUGUUCUUGACCUCAUUUUCAUAGUUCAGUGACUACUUCAAAAAAAAGUCAACAUUUUUUGUAAUGUUAAUUUCUCUUGUUAUGAGUGAAAGGAUAACUAUAUUUAGUAUAUGUGCGUACCUUGCAAGGUCAUCAUGCCUGUCAGACAGUUUAGUUUUCUCUUGACCUCCACCACAUUUUCAUGAAUGAGUGAACAAUGUUAAGUUUUUGUGGUCAAGUCCAUAUCUCUGAUACUAUAAGCAAUAGGUCUACUAUAUUUGGUGUACGUAAUGGUAUUAAGUUGUACAUGUCCAAAUGGCAGGUGUCAUAUGACCUUGACCUAAUUUUCAUGGUUCAUUGGACAAUGUUUAGUUUUUGUGGUUUGGGCUAUUUCUCAGAUAUUAUAAGCAAUAGGUCCAUUAUAUUUGGUGAAUGGAACAAUUGUAGGGUGUACAUUUCUGUCUGGCAGGGUUCAUAUGAACUUGACCUCAUUAUCAUAGUUCAUUGGUCAAUGAUAAGUUUUUGUUAUUUUGUCAGUUUAUCAAAUGCAAUAGGUCAACUAUAUUUGGUGUAUGUAAUGAUUGUUAGGUGUACAUGUCUGUCUGACAGGGUAUAUAUGAACUUGACCUCAUUUCCAUCAGGUGUAAUAGUAAUAAAUUAUAUGUGUUUAUGGCAUGAUAGUGAGAGGUGUAACAUUAAUAAAUCAUAUGUGUUUAUGGCAUGAUAGUGUGAGGUGUAAUAGUAAUAAAUCAUAUGUGUUUAUGGCAUGAUCGCAUGAGGUGUAAUAGUAAUAAAUCAUUUGUGUUUAUGGCAUGAUAGUGUGAGUUGUAAUAGUAAUAAAUCAUAUUUGUUUAUGGCAGAUAGCCUGAGCUGUAAUAAUAAUAAAUCAUAUGUGUUUAUGGCAUGAUAGUGUGAGUUGUAAUAGUAAUAAAUCAUAUUUGUUUAUGGCAUGAUAGCGUGAGGUGUAAUAGUAAUAAAUCAUAUGUGUUUUUGGCAUGAUAGAGUGAGGCACCUGUUAUUUUUUUGUUUUGCACCUUAUAUUUUAUUUCUUUUUUUUAAGGGUUAAAUUUCGGAUGACAUGGUCUUUAUCAUAUAUGCACACUAUAGCACACUUUUGUAUCCGCUUCUCCUAAACUAAUCAUAACCUAAUAUAUUUUCCCAGAAUCUUAACUAUAUAAUAUCAUCAUGCACCUAUUUUGUUUUUUAUCCAAAUUCUUUUUGGGGUUUCCCUUACCAAAGCAUAAUUAGUUAUCAAAGGUACCAGGAUUAUAAUUUAAUACGCCAGAUGCGCGUUUCGUCUACAUAAGACUCAUCAGUGACGCUCAGAUCAAAAUAGUUAUAAAGCCAAACAAGUACAAAGUUGAAAAGCAUAAGCUUUGCCAUUUGCUUUAUUUUGGGGGUACCUAUUUUUUACCUGCAACUCUCUCUAAACCCCUUAUUAUAAUUUACAGUCUUUACUACAUAAUCCCAUUUGGUAUCUGCAACUUCUCCUAAUCCACUUAUUACAAUUUAAUGCAACUUUCUCACUAUCUUAAGUUCUUAACCAAAUAAUGCCAUUGCAUUACUUUUAAAACUUUUUUUGGUCCUAAUUAUUUUUUUAGGUUUCCCUUAGCAUGGACUUUGCAAGGGGUGGGGUAUCAUUUUGUGUCUUUUGCUCUCAGCACCUCUGGUUUAAAUAUAUGGAGAAAGGAUACAAAUAACAUACACUUAAGUAUUUUAAACCUUUGUACAUCUCAUAGAGUUUAUGAACCAUCCUGGUAUAUUGAAGUAAAAAUAACUCCCUAACAGUGUGUACCUAUAUACAGAUCUUAAUUGAUGAGUAAAUCAUAUAUGUAAUAACUGUACAAAACUAAAGGUGCUAGGUUUCAUGGCAGCUCAGCUCAAGGUCACACCUUACAUGUAUUUGUAUAAUUUCAAAUCGAUAAAAUACACUACAUAUGCAGACAUUUGAAUACACUACAUAUGUAAUUGUUUAAAUACACUACAUAUGCAGUUGAUACAAUACAAUAUAUAUGUAGCUGAUAAAAUACAAUAUAUAUGAAGUCGAUAAAAUACAAGAUAUAUAUAGUCGAUAAAAUACACUACAUACAUGACAUAUGAAGACGUUUAAAUACACAACAUAUGUAGUAGAUAAAAUACUAUUUUAUUGUGUGUAUUGCUGUGUUUGUUUAUUCCACAUUGGCUAGAGGUGUAGGGGGAGGGUUGAGAUCUAAUGAAACAUGUUUAACCCUGCCACAUUUUUGUGCCUGUCCCAAGUCAGGAACCUCUGGCCUUUGUUAGUCAUGUAUGUUUUUUUAAUUUGGUUCAUUUAUAUAUAAGUUUUGGAGUUUAGUAUGACUUCCAUUUUCACUGAACUAGUAUACAUUAUGGUUUAGGGGCCAGCUGAAGCCCACCUCCGGGUGCAUGAUUUUCUUGCUGUGUUGAAGACCCAUUGGUGGCCUUGGGCUGUUUUCUGCCCUUUGGUCGGGUUGUUGUCUCUUUGAUGUAUUCCCUGUUUCCAUUCUCAAUUUUGAUAUAUGUAGUCAAUAAAAUACAGUAUAAAUGAAGUCUAUAAAACACAUUAUCGCUAUUUUACGAAAUUUUCCUUUGAUCUUACGGACUGAUAAUUUCCUUUCUCAGCACAGUGGAGUGAUAUGAAAAAUUAUCGCUAGAAACUAAGGGCGCACGUGCUGUUGUCAAAGAAAUUAACAACGUCGUCAUAGGUAAAAUAGCGAUAAACAGAUUAUCAUUGGUCAUCUCAACUCGAUUGCUUUUCUCACUUUCGUUGAGAUGACCAACGAUAAUCUAUAAAUGUAUAUAUGCAGCCUAUAAAGUACACUACAUAUGAAGUCCAUAAAAUACUCCAUAUAUGAAGUUGAAUAGAAAUAAAUCAGUUGAUUGUUCAGUUUAUACAUAGCCUUAUUAUGAUCUCCCAAUUUGAUUCAUUAUAGAUAAUUAAGAGAGAAAAAAAACAUCAUAAUUUGUGUCUGCCAAAAUUUAAUUACAGUAUCUUGUAAGUGUAUCGGUAUACUCAAUUAUAUGGUGUAAGUGUUUGUUAUACAUCAGUUAUAUGGUGUAAGUGUUUGGUAUACAUCAAUUAUAUGGUUUAAGUGUUUGGUAUACAUCAAUUAUAUGGUGUAAGUGUUUGGUAUACAUCAAUCAUAUGGGAUAGGUUGUUAUAAAGUUUUCCAUUUCCUUCUUUGUAGUUUUCGGUUUUACUUAUUUUUUGUCUUUUAUAGUUUGAAUUCAUUCAUGUUCAUAUUAAUAUAUUCAUUGGAAUUCUGUUUUCAGUGGAUAUAUUUUUGCAUAUAUAAUGAAGUUUAAAAUGCAAAUCAACCUUACAUUUAAAAAAACUUCAAAAGAAUUUGUAGGAAGCAGAAAUUUUCUUUUUGAUUGAUAGUUUUUGGAAAUAUCCAUACAUUAAGAAAAAGUUUUGGGUCAUGAGAUAUUUUACUGGUUUCAUUUCUGUGUAACAGUAAUACACACUAUAUGUAUUGCUUUGUGUGUUAUAAUAAUAUACACUUUAUGUAUUGCUUUAGAAUAAAGUGUGAUACAGAUAUUAAAUUUUGUAGACAGUUGUUAUAAACAGGGUAGGUUACUUCAUCCUUGUAUAUAUUGUAACAUAUGUAAAUUUUAUGUAAUUAUCAUGUAAAUAGAUCUCAUAAAUGUGCAUAUGUAGAUAUUGUAAAUGGUCAGUAAUUCAGUCAGCGCUUACACAUGCGUACUUUAAUUACUACUACUAAGUUAGAUUGUAAAUAUGGAAAUAGUUCAAUUUUACUGAUAGUAAAGGGAAAAAUUAUCAUUUAUUAAAUAAUGAUAACUAUUUCACUGAAAAAUUCCUCCUGCCCACACAUCAGUCAACACUGACUGGUAGUCUGUACAUGAUCUUUGAUAGUUUUAGAUAGCACACAUGUGUUUAGUUUAGUUAUGUAAUACUUUAAUAGAUUUAUUAGAUACAACUAAUCAGGAUGGGUAUCAUUAUACAGUUAUAAUUCACUAUGAUUUUUUUCAUGAAACUUGUACACAAAGUUAAUUUUGAUAUGUAUUAUCAAAUUUAUGAAGAAAAAUGAGCAAGACUUUUCUAUAUCAUUUUGGAUUGUUUGAGCAGAAAUUUAGGAUUUUUUGCAAUUUUAAAGAAAAAUUAUUGUUUUUAGUUUCAUCUUUAAAAACUGUCAGCAAUAAAUGUUACUAAUAAGGCAGCUUCUGUUCAUUUCAAAGGCUUGUUAAUUAUCUGUAUCAUUGGUUGAUAAGUUUGAAUAUAUGCUGUUUUUCUUUUACAGUAAACUAUAUGAAUAAGUUUUCAUCCCUCAUUAUGCUUAUUUUUGGUAUUUUCCUGUCUCUUGCAUCAGCUAACAGUUGGGUUUUGGGCUAAACAGUGGUCUGCAGGUGUAGUCUCUAAAUGUUAUUGUGACAUGUUGAGUCCCAAUUUUUUUGCUUAAAUUCUUUAGCUGUUAAACAUCUGUAACCAGUUAGCAGACAUAUUGUAAAAAAAAAAAGCUCACUGUAACUUAAGAUACGUAAAGAGACUGUUUCAAGUACCCAGUAGCAAUUACUUGAAUAUUCACUUAUCUCAAUGGAGUACAGUGUUGUACAGUCAGAAAGGUCAAACGUGAUUCACCAUUUGAAAUUUCCGCUAUAUAUUUCAUAUAAAAAAAACAAUUUAAAAAAAAAAUUCUACUUCUUUUCAGAAUUGAAUGAUUUUUUUUCGAUUAAAUUCAGAAAUGUCAGCAGUUUCUUGCAAUACUCAUGAAAUUUGUUUAUGAUGUAUACUUUUAAGAAAAUCACUGUUUAAAGGAAAAUAUGAAUGUCUGCUAAAAAUGAAUUAUGGUUAUAGAGGAAAAAAUAACACUUAAUUUCUAUAUUUGUAUAUAAAUAAUGAUUUCUCAGUAAUGACAUAUCAUUAAAAUAUUUCAUGAUAAUCAUAGAAAACUGUAUGUAUUGAUGAAUUUAACAGUAAAAAUUUCAUUAAAAUCAGACCUGAAAUAAAUAGAGAAGAUGUUACUAAGUUGUAAAACUGGUGCCUGAUCCAUUUGUCAUUUUGAACAAUAAAAUAUGUUUAAACUAUAAUAAAUAAAAACAAUAUUGGUUGACAUUUCUGUUUAAUGUCCUUCAUUUGUAAUUUAUAUCAUUUAAUAUUUUUUCUGGUUUCAAAUGUAAUUAUUUAUUAGAAAUAGUAUAUCUAGUAUGUAAAAGUGUAAAUGUAUAUAUAUUUUUGAUUGUUGAAAUUUAACUUACUGCAUUAAAAUGUGAAAAAAAUAUUACAUAGAUAAUGUAAUAAAUAUUAGCAAUUUGA